AUGUCUAACGCGUUGAACGAAGAGAACACGCCUGAUCUCAAGGUUGACGAAAGUCCAAUCUCCCCCAUUGAGCGCCGGAACUCUCUCGAGAAACACCUGCAGCAGCGUCCGGAUGUUCAAGACCUGAAGAAUCGCAACAUCCUCCUCAACAGCAAUGCCGCCCCGGCCCUGCAAGCGAAACAGCACGAACUCGAGCGCCAGAAACAGUCGGACAAUCUAAGGAAGCAGCUCGAGAAGCGACCGGAACGCGAGGAAUUGGUCGAACGAAACAUCCUCCCCGACUCAAGCGCCGCCCCAGCUCUGCAAGCCAGCCAGAAAGCAUUGGACAGACACAUGCGGGCCGACAGCCUUGAGCAUAAGAUCCAGCAGCGACCGAAGCCAGAACAGCUGGUAAAGGAGGGCAUCCUGGAGGCGGAUGAGGACCCGACCAAGGAAUGA